UCUCUGGUUAUAAUACAGUGCAGUUUUAUCGGCAACGGAAUGUAAACGAAUUGAUUAUUUAUUUGUUGUUUUUGUACCAUUUAUGUUCUUAAGUUAAGAAGAAUAACAGUAUCUUUUAAAAGCUCUAGAAAGAUGAAUAAGCUGCUGUGCCAUUCAAAACAAUCCUGCUGUCAUUGAUAGCAGAGAUUGUAGAAAGAAGAAGAUGAAUAAGGUGAUCGUUAUAAAUAAAGAGUUUCAUCAACUUUGUCUAAUUGCAAAGAUUGACAUGAGUACACUAUCCAUGGAUGGCAGUCGUUACGUUUGCGGUUCCAAUGAGGAAUCAUGUAUUUUACAAAGUCGCUUGGAUGGAACCACUUCGGUACAACUUGAUAGAGCCUUGGAUCAACUAAUCGAUUUCUCUUGGGACGACGAAGAUGAAGAACAUGAUGCUAUGUUGGCUCUCUUCAUUUGCACAAUAAAAAGAGACAACUUCGCCUUGGCUGAGGAACAGCUUGGAGAACUUAUUGAUAACAAACUAUUUCAACAAGAUCAGAGCACCAACUUUAUUCUUUAUGAUUUGAAUUAUAAAACACAAACAUGUUGUUGUCGAGAAGUUAUCUGUAAAUUGUCGAUGAUAUUGAAUUUUGGGUUUGCCGAAUUAAGAUGUGAAAAGCCAAGUGUUGGAAGACUGUUGGAGAUACUUCACCAGCUGCAACCAUUUACCAGCACUGACGAUAAGGACGAGGGAGUCGAUUCUUUUUUACAACAUGUGUGGGCCUACAGCAUCAAAACCGGUGCAAUGGAUUUAAUUUCGAAACUAGUUCAAAUAUACCCUUUACAAGUAAAUUUAAUGAUCGAUAAGAUUAUGAGUUCGGAAUUGUUAGAAGCUGAGUUUCUCUCUGAAAAUGAAAGCUACAACUUGCUGACAUCAAUUAUAAGUAUUCCUGAAGUGUUCAAACAUGUCAGUUUACGCUUAGCACAAAUGAGUUUGGAAUCGAACGAAAAAUCUAAUACUUUGAUAAAUAUUCUUGUAAAGUUUCUAAAGUCGAACUUGUCGAAAAGUAAGUUUAUAAAUAUAUAUCCCUUAGAAAUACGUUCGAUUGUCGCUGUACUUAAUGAAGCAAUACAUGCUGAAGAUCAGCUUAUACUUGAUCUUGUUAAUGUAGUCAGAACUGAGUCGCACAUAAACUUUAUUAUUUUAGUAACUCAUUUUCCUAUCUUCAUACAUUUAAAAAAAUAAAAGAUUCAUACAGAAAUUAACAAUA